AUGAGCCGAGCCUGCUCCCGGGAGCUGCCACCGCUGGAAGUGGCCGCGGCCCGCGGGUGUCACCGCUGCCUCGGGCUCCUGCUGCGGGCACAGGAGCCGCUGGCGCUGCAGCGCGGCCGGAGCCCCGCACAGGAACCGGGGUGGCCCCGGAGGGCCCUGUCCUUCCUGAGCGAGGAUGGCAGCGACACCUGUGUGGCCCUUGGGGACAUCCCCGAGGCCGCACCCCUCAGCAGCACCCGCAGGUCCCUGCUGGACGAGGCGGGGGACAGCGGCGUCCCCUCUCUCUGGCCGCACUGUCCCCAAGAGCCACGCGGGGACACCGCUGUCCCCCUGCCACCCUUGGCCUCCAGCACGCUGCUCUGGGACCGCGACCAGCCCCAGGAGCCACCCCCGAGCCGCGGUUUGGGGACAAAGACACGAGAUCCCUCCAGUCCCGGCCUUGGGGACAUGGCUGUCCCCUGUCCCCAUUCUGCCGGCGGGGUGUCUCCGAGGCAGCGCCAAGGCGGGGUCUUGGGGACACACGCGGUGUCCCCGAGGUCCCCCCUGCCCCGCGGUGGCUUCAGCAGGCACUCGGUGGCACCUCAGAGCUCGGGUGACAUCGCGGGUGACAUCCCCUGGGGACGCGCUGCUGUCCCCGACACCGAGGUGACACAGCCGGGGGAUGGGGACCCCGCUGGCCUUGGGGACAGCACCGAGAGCUUCGUCACAGUCCGAGAGUCCCUGGGGGGAGCCCCGGGGUGCGCAGCCCCCGCCCCAAACCCCCGGGAUUCGGGGGAGGAUCUGGGGCCGGAGCGCCCCGGGGCCGCCCCCCAAACCCCCGAGCUCCUUGCCCGGCUCGGGGGCUGCAGCCUCGGGGGCUCCCCGCCCCGCUCCCCUGGCCGUGCCACCCCCCGGGGCUGCGACAAUCUUGGGGACCGCCACGUCACCCCCCGGAGCAGGAGCCGCCUGCGGGCGGUGGCAGCGCGGCUCCGCUCCUCCUCCUCAUCUUCCUCCUCCUCAUCUUCCUCCCCCUCCCUAUUCCCGAAGUCCCCGAGAGCCCCCAUGGUCGCUGUCACCUCUCCCCCGGGUCGCUGUGUCACCGCAGGGGAGAGGGGCGCGUCCGCUGAGGAUGGAGGAGGGACCGGCGGCUCUUGGGGUGACACCCGCGUGGUCUCUGGCUUGUCCCCAAGGGGUGGCGGCGUCCCCAAAUCCGGUCCCAGAGUCCUGCGGGGACUUGGGGACAAAGGACACCCUCAGAACUCUCUGCCACCCUCCCGGGGCUCCCCCAAAGUCUGCGCCGGGGUCCGGCCGGUCCCAGGGAACCGGCGACACCCCCGGAAGUCCCCGUGUGUCGCUCGGGGUGUCCCCAGUGCCACCAGCAGCCCCGAGCCCGAGGGCGGCUCUGGGUGUCAGCGCCACUCGCCCCUGGGGACAUCCCGGUCCCAGGGGCACCUCCUGGCCCCGGGGCCACCUGGCAGUGCCAGUGGGGACCUGGGGACACCGCCCGUGCCACUGUCACCCGGCUGUGCCACCCGCUGCUCCGAGAGCCACCAGGAGAACGUGACACAGGACCUGGCACCCCGCCAGUGUCACAGCCCUGGUGACACAGAUGGCACCAGCAGCCCCGCGGGUGGCACCUGCCAGGGUGGCCGUGUGGCGCUCGGGGACAAUCCCGACCCUGUCACCGCCUCUGGACAGCGGGGGUGGUCUCAAGGGCACAGCCCGGAGCUGGUGGCCGCGCUGAGGUCCGGCCGCGUCCCCGACUGCGCCCAGGACGAGCUGGCACUGACCGGACACUUCGAGCGGCCGGAGCACGGCCGGCCCUGGCCCGGGGGGCGGCUCAAGUCCAGCUUCAAUUACCUCCUGCUGGACCCCAGGAUCACUCGGGACCUGCCCCGGCGCAGCCCCAGCCUGAGCCCGACCGAGCUCUUCCGGACUUUCGUCACCGCCGUGUUCUACGUGGGCAAGGGGACACGCGCCAGGCCCUGGUGGCACCUGCACCAGGCGCUGGCACAGCACCGGCGUGGGACACAGAGGGGUGGCCCCAAGGUGCGGCGCAUCCUGGAGAUCUGGGCGGGCGGGCACGGCGUGGUGCCCCUGCAGUGCUUCCAGCACCGUGUGCCUGCCGAGGCCCUCACCCGCGAGAGCUGCAUGCUGGAGGCGCUGGGCCUGCAGUCCCUGACCAACGCCCGCCGGGGGCCGUGUUACGGCGUGGCCGCGGCCUGGCCGGGCCCGCGGCGCCGGCGCCUGGGUGUGCUGCUGCUGCACCGCGCCAUGAGCGUGCUGCUGGCCGAGGGAGAGCACCAGCUCCGCCCUGGGGACAUCCCCGGGCCACCCUGA